AUCAUCACAAUUAAAAGAACCAAAGACUUAAACUACUUCAGUCUGUGUGCAUUGAAUUUAUUUAAUACACGAGUUUCACAAUUUGAGUUGAAUUACUGAAAUAAAUGAACUUUUCCACGACAUUCUAAUUUAUUGAGAUGCACCUGUACAGCUAAGAAAAGUUCUGCCACUUUUCCCAUAGAGUGUCUGAAGCCAGACUUAAAUAAAGAUAUGGAUGACUCGGGUUUGCAAUGCAUAAAAUCCUGCAGAUACAGGUCAGGAGCUUCAGUUAAUGUUCACAUCGACCAUCAGAAUGGGGAAACAAUUUGAUCUCAGUGAUUUCGACCGUGGUAUGAUUGUUGGUAACAGACGGGCUGAUUUGAUUAUUUCUGUAACUGCUGAUCUCCUGGGAUUUUCAUGCACAACAGUCUCAAGAAUUUACUCAGAAUGGUGCCGAAAACAAAAAACAUCCAGUGAGCAGCAGUUCUGUGGACGGAAGUGCCUUGUUGAUGAAAGAGGGCAAUGGAGAAUGGCCAGACUGGUUCGAGCUGACAGAAAGGCUACGUAGGUGUCCAUGUUUGUGAGGGGUGUGGGACCAACUUUGAGACAAGGCGAGGUCUCUCCAGUCACGCCCGAUUUCAUCUCAGGCAGCUAGGCGUGGCUGUGUCCGACAGCAGUGGAGCACCAAUAGACCUCUUGUACCAGCUAAUCAAAGAAAGAGGUGGAACUCUACCUAAACUCAAAACUCAGCACAGCCCUGUUAAAAAAUCCAAAGCUCAGUCACCCAUCAUCAAAAAGGAUGCUGGACCCAAACUAAAGAUUAAAAUAUCCAACCUUGUUAAGAAAAAAUAUGCCAUUUCCUCAUCGUCCUCAACUGCUGUGAAAGGAUCAGUCAAGUCUGGUCCACGUUCUUCGCCUCUGGUUGUAGCGAAACCUCGUAAAGUCUCUUCAGAGGGGACUGCAGUUUCCACGUCAUCUUUAUCCUCUGCUCUCUUCAAGGCUGUUGAGUCUGAGCUCAGUGAUGCCAGUCCAUCUACCUCCUUCUCACUAGCCUCAGUCAAGCCUCUCUGGGCCCCUCAGGAAACAGACGCUCCACUCAAUUUAACAACUAUGAUGAAUUCUAUAGUGAGGGAUGAUGUCCAUGUGUGUGAAUUGUGUGGAGCUUGGUACGAGAUGCGUAAAGGUCUCGCCAGUCAUGCCCGGUCCCACCUGCGCCAGUUUAAUGUGAACUUGGACUCUAAAGGUGCUCCCAUAGAGGUGCUCCAUAAAUUUAUUCAAAGUGAGGAUUUCCAGAAACAGGCCAGUGCCGUGCAGCUGGAGGGUUUUACUGUCUUUGAAGAUUAUACUUCACCCUCCUCCACUCCUUCUACCUCUUUACCCACCAGCAAACAUCCCUCUCUUUUCCCUGUCUCAUCCAAAGGACUGACUUCCAUGCAUCGAACACCACCCCCAAAGAAAAAGAAGAAAAGUUCACUAGAUGUAUCAGAGAGCAUGACCCUUGGUGGAAAAGCAGCAUUGAAAUUAAUAUCUUCAACCAAAAAGAAGAAAAGUUCACUAGAUGUUUCAGAGAGCGUGACCCUUGGCGGAAAAUCAGAAUUGAAAUCGCCUACCCCAACCAAAAAGCAGAAAAUUUCACACAAGGUGUUUCAGGGAGCUUGCCCCUCAGCGGAAAUAAAGAAAUGAUAUCACCCUCUCAAGGUUUAAAACUUUGCAAGAUUAAGAAAUAUUCUGCUGUGAGUGUCCUGUUACGCGAAUCAUCAAAAGAUUUCAAAUGUGAGUUCUGUCACGAGACGUUUAAGAAGAGUCAGAGCUUGGCCAGCCACGCCCGCUACCACCUGCGACAGCUGGGCAUCACCGAGUGGACUGUCCGCGGGUCUCCCAUGGCCACUCUGCAAGAGGUGAUGGCCCGCCGUGGUGCUUCUGCUGGUUCUCUCAAACCCCUUGGGUCACCCUCGCUGCCCCCACUUGCAUCCCCUUCUUUGUCAUCUACUGCACCGCCUCUGCCCUCAUCCCCUAAACCCAUUACUCAGUCUUCCUCUUCUCCUCUUGUUCCUCACAAAGUCCCGAAGGCCAGGAAAGGCUCAAGCACUGUGGUCCUAACACCAACGGAUGAGCCUAUGGAGGUUGAUACCUCUAUCUCAGAGUUUCCCAAGCCACGAAGCUCACUGACCAUGCCUUUACCACCCCAAAAUGUGUCUGAUCCCACCACAGUUAAACCACCAGUGACAGCCCCCAAGCCUGAGCAGCAAGACCCCACUCAGUUUGUGUGCUGUGAAUACUGUGGCGAGAUGUUUGAUAGUCGUAAAGCCCUCUCCUGUCAUGCACGUGGUCACUUACGACAGCUGGGUGCGAAGUGGUCCUUAAAGGUGCCGCCCAUAGAAGCCCUGUAUGUGCUGAUGCAGAGGGAGGGCACAAAAAGGGCAUCAGAAAUCAAACCAGAACCUGCCGUAGGGGCGGCAGUACAGUGGAAAAAGCCAGAAUCCUCACCCCGCACGGUUACUCCAUCACCUGAGAAAACAGCCUCGGAGAACACGACUACAAGGCUCCAAAAGAAGCUCCUCCUCUCCACACCCUUCCUCAGACUCAGAGUCUGUCCAUCUUGGUUCUCAGAAAGCUUCAUCAGUGGCUCGAGUCUCUGCAGUUCAGCCCCAGGUAUACCAGCUUUCUAAAGGACCUGCGGGACCAGUACCAUUUAGAGAGGGCAAAGCAGGGAUAAGCCACACUUCCUUAUCACAACACAGGACACAGCCCUCACAGGGUGAAGCUUCACUGUCCUCAGACAGCAUGAUCCAGACCCCCGCGGC